AUGAAACCCUUCCGUACAUUACGCACAAAGAAAGGAAGGCCAGAAUCUAAGAAAGAACAAGCACGAAGCAUAGGAUCAUUGGAGAACACAAAAGAUUCAGAUUUAUAUAUGAAUAUGGCUCCUGUUUCACUGCCUCCUGGGUUUCGGUUCCACCCCACCGAUGAAGAACUUGUUUCUUAUUACCUCAAAAGAAAGAUAAAUGGUCGUAAGAUCGAACUAGAGAUUAUCCCUGAAGUUGACCUUUAUAAGUGCGAACCAUGGGACUUGCCAGGGAAGUCAUUGUUACCGGGAAAAGAUUUGGAGUGGUAUUUCUUCAGCCCUCGAGAUAGGAAAUACCCAAAUGGAUCAAGAACAAAUCGUGCAACCAAGUCUGGGUACUGGAAAGCCACAGGGAAAGACCGUAAGGUGAAUUCUCAGAGUUGUGCCAUAGGGAUGAAGAAAACCCUAGUUUACUAUCGAGGUAGGGCACCGCAUGGUUGUCGCACAGGUUGGGUUAUGCAUGAGUACCGUCUUGAUGAGACACAGUGUGAAACCAAUUCAGGCUUGCAGGAUGCAUAUGCUCUUUGUCGUGUGUUCAAGAAGACUGCGGUGAUUCCUCCAAAAGUUGGAGAUCAACACUAUGUUAAUGUGACCACCAGCCAUGCCAAUCAGAUCAUUGCAAGUGAUCAAUCAUCAAGCAUUAACGAGCUAUACUCUGAAGGAAGAGGUGAAGUUUUAGAGAGCUCAAAUUAUCUGAUGUCGUUGGAUACAAGUUCAUCCCCAAACAUAAAUGGGACUACUUUCAAUAUCAAUGGUAGAACAAGGGAUAAUGAGACAACAUGGUCACGUUUCUUAUCAGAAGACUUGCUCAAUCUUCCACCCUCCACUUCUUCAUUUCCCAAUUACGGAUCCAUGAGCUAUCCUCCAUCAAGGGUGGAUAUAGCACUAGAGUGUGCAAGGAUGCAGCAUAGGUUUACCAUUCCUCCAUUGCAGAGGCAGGACUUGGACUUCCCUCUAGUUGGCAUUUCCGAGCUGAAGAUGGCACAAGCCUCGAGUUCCAUGAGUGGAAUCAGAAAUGAAACAGAUAUCUUGCAGGAAAUUCUUUCAGUUGCUCAUGCUUCCCAGGAAUUAAUAAAUCAAUCCAACUACUCAUCACAGCCAUUCAUGAAUGCCAAUGAAAAUUAUGCUCCUCAUGAAAGUGAUUUUACUUUUAUGGUUGGCACCAACGACAAUCACGUCAACGACAUGAACACCAUUGGAUUUGGUGACAAAGCAUGGGAAGACCAACACACAAGAUCUAUCGAGAUUGGAGAUUUUGACGAUGGAUUCAAGACAGAGAGGAUGAUAGAGAAUUUAAGAUGCGUGGGAAUGUCCAGCAAAAACGUGGAAAAGAGCUUGAUGCAAGAGCAAAAUAUUGUUCCAAUUGAAGACAUUUCAAACUUCCAAACUAAUACUGAAGAAAACAAGCUUCGAGUAGGAUUCGAGAAACACAGUUGCAACAAAGAAAUCAACCAUACUGACAUUGAUGAUUUUCCAAUGGGAUUCAUCAAUGACGAGGAUCCCAACGAGAACUUCAUAAAUGAGGAUAACAUUGAUUAUUCAAAUCCUACAAACUUAGAGGUUGUGGAGGAAACAAAAACCAAUCAUGGAAUGUUUGUGUCCACUCAUCAAGUAGCUGAUACAUUCUUUCAUCAAAUAGCUCCUUCACAAACCCUCAAAGUUCAACUCAAUCCAGUAAUGGCUGAGAAUGCAAUAAUGGUUAAUCAAGGACCCUCUUUCUUUAGAAAGUUUAAGGCCUAUGUGACAGGGAAGCUAAUAAAGCCAUCAAGCACAAUAGCUACUGCCCUUGCAUCCAUCUUUGCACUUUUGUUGAUGCAUUGUGUGUUUUUAAAGGAAUUAGUGGAAGAUUGGAAAUCAGACCUUAAACGAUGUGGUGGUGUUUACACAAUGAAGACAAUGAGACAACCAGCUGAUGAGACUAUCAUUAGGAAUGAACAAGAAAAAGUUUGGUUUGUUGGUAUUAAGUAUGGGAAGGGAUUUAUCAUGGUCUUGAAGAAGAUAAGUAUUUUGCUGACUAUAUCAUUGGCUCUUUGUGCCAUGUGGGCUAACCAUAUCAUAGUUGACUCUUAG